AUGACGAGAUGUCUCCUUGCGAGGUGGGGGCCCAAUCACCAAUGCACCAUAUCUAUUGGUCACCUCGCGUUGUUUCAGCUCCAGCACCAUGCCAAGGCUGAAGUAAACAAAGAAGAUGACAGCAAGAGCUAUAUAAACACAUUCAAACACGCCCAAAUGCUCCAUAUACUCACGACGCCCAUCAACACAAGUAUGGCCCUUCACCAGAAUCUCGCCGUCGUCAUCUCCCACGGUUCCUACCACUCGCCCGCGCCCUACGGCCCCUUCAUCGAAGCCCUAAAAGCUGUUGGCAUCGACGCAUAUUGCCCACAUCGACCAACCUGCGACCUCAGCAAACUCAACGUGGGCGAUAUCAACAAUCCCGACUUUGGCCGCGAACCUCCUCCAGGUGGCUAUCCGAGCGACACCGAGGACGCUGACCAGGUGAUCGAAGUCGUUGACAAACUAGUUAACCAGGCUGGCAAGCUCAUCUUGUUGGUUGCACACUCCUCUGGGGGGUGGGUCGCGACACAGGCUGCCGUGCCGGAGUUGCAGGCGAAAACUCGUCGGGCAGAGGGAAAAUCCGGCGGCAUAGUUGGGAUCUUCUACAUUGGCGCGUUCCUUGUCCCUGUAGGCGAGUCGGUUAGCAGCUUUUUCCAGCCAAAGGAUGGAUCGCUGGUUACGCCGUCGUUUAUGCGAUUUCAUAAACACGGCUUCGCCGGCCUCGGAACACCAGUCGACGCACCCCGACACUUCUUUGAUGAUAUACCCCAAGAACAGGCCGUAUCCUGGGCUGCGACGCUGACUGCAUCACCGAUCAUGACGGCCAAGCUUACGAAUGAUGCGUAUUCUGCUCUACCAUGUGCGUACCUAGUUUUGGAGAAGGACAAGAGUCUGCCAAAGGAGUAUCAGGAGUACAUGAUAUCGCUACAGAUCCAGGCUGGUAAUGAGUUUACGGUCUAUCGUGCACCGUGCGGGCAUUCGCCUCAUCUUGGUUGGACUGCUGGUCUGGUGGAGAAGGUCGAGGAGUUUGUUGAUUCAAUACUGCCGUAA